AUGGUGCUGUUAAAAAGUCCAUCACCGCAACGCCGCGGUAAUCGCAUUAGCAACAAUCAGCAUCAAUUAAAUGGCUCGCCAACGCGUCAAUUAAAGAACCCAUCUCCUACGUCGAAAGAUUUGCCACGAAAAUCACGUGGAAACAGUCCUGGUAGCAGGUCUACUGGUUCACGAGGGAGCAGCCCUGCUAAGGCGUCUUCUGUUGGAUCUAAAAAGUCUAUCAGAUCGCUGGGCUUGCGUAAAUCUGAAUCUGGAAGCAUUGAAAGGCUCACUGAUGGAGAUAAAAAAGUAAUUGCCUCGAAACACCUUUUACCAGAAGAUAACAUCAAUGUAGUCGUGAGAGUAAGACCUUUGAAUAAUAAAGAAAUAAAGGCUGGAGAACAGUUCUCAGUCCAUUUUCCAGGCAAUGGACAAAUUGAAUGCGACACAUUGCCUAAUUCUACUGAUAAAAAAACUAAAUUGUUUUCUUACAAUGUCGUUUUUGAACCCGCUGCGAGCCAAGAUGAUCUUUUGCAGUAUUCGGGGAUUAAGAAAUUGAUCGAUAUGACUAUCGAGGGAUUUAGUUGUACUGUUUUUUGCUAUGGACAGACUGGUAGUGGAAAAACUCAUACACUUACUGGUCCACCGGGUUUGUUUGACAACAUGGAUCAUUAUGCAGAAGAUCAUGGAUUAAUACUUCGUUCGUUCGUUUAUUUAUUCAAAAUUCUACAAGAACGAAGUGACUUUAAUUUUAUAAUCAAGGCUUCCUUUCUCGAAAUUUAUAAUGAAAAAAUAAUAGACCUCCUUAAUCCAGGAAAUUCUCGAAAAUCAUUAGCAGUAAGAUGGAGUAAAAAAACUCGAGGAUUUUUUGUUGAAAAUUUAUUUACUGUUGAAUGUGAAGAGCUGGAUGAUUUAAUUGGUGUUCUCGAAGAAGGUAUGAAAAAUAGAGCAGUUGGUACGCACAAUAUGAACGAACACUCAAGUAGGAGUCAUACUAUUCUUACGGUACACAUUAGAUCUGAGCAACAAAUGGAGAACGGUGUAUUUAUUUCAAAGCAAGGAAAAAUAAAUUUUGUUGAUUUAGCUGGUAGUGAAAUGACUAAGAAGACACAGAGUGAAGGCAAAACACUUGAAGAAGCUAAUAAUAUUAAUAAAAGUCUUAUGGUUUUAGGCUACUGUAUUUCAUCAUUAAGUGAUGGGAAACGUAAGACUGGUCAUAUUCCUUAUCGUGAUAGUAAAUUAACAAAACUGUUAGCCGAUAGUCUAGCUGGGAACGGAGUAACAUUAAUGAUCGCAUGUAUAUCUCCAGCACGUUCGAAUUUAAGUGAAACCUUGAACACUCUUCGAUAUGCAGCUCGAGCUAAGAGAAUCCGCACAAAACCAAUAAUCGUAAUGGACCCUAGAGAAGCAUUGAUCCUCAGUCUAAAACGAGAAAAUAAUGCCCUGCAAUUGGAGAACGAUCAUUUAAAAUCAGUGUUAAAUUUUGACGCUCGUAGUCCUGACGAGCUUUACAGUCAAAAAUAUUAUAUUCAAUCGCGAGAAGACCGGCGGACUGUCACUCCGCCUCAAGUAGACCUUGAAAAACUCGCGGAGCUGGAGCAAGCUGAGUUAACUCAGUUAUUAAGAGCUUAUAUUGAUGAGAGCGAAGCUCUGAGGCGGGAAAAUGCUGAGCUUUAUGCCACCCGGGAACAGGUGAUAAGAGAUCAAGAGCUUGUUUGUCGAGAGAACGAAAGGCUGCUGAAAAAAUUAGAAGAUGUUAACUCUAGAGUUUGUUGCCGUUCUCCAAUAAUUCCAGCGCGUCCGACGUUCUCAGCAGAGAUGUUAAAUAAUUCACCUGACGAUCUUCCUGGAGCGACAAAUGUCUGGACGAAUCCAAAUUUACCCGAUCCAAAUGUAAAUAGAAAUUCAGUAUCUCCAAAGCAGAGCAACGGGAUGCCGACAAAAGUGUUAAAAGAAUUAGACAAGCGGAUAAAUGGAAGCUUCAGCAAUAUUGCGGAUGCAUACAGAGAUAAAAGUAAUCAUCGUCGUUACAGCUCCUGGGAUAACGUUAACCCGACGGAUGUCGAGCAAAACGGAUCGCCUAUCGAGAUCAGCCAUCCGCGCAGGUCAGCAUUUCGCAGGACGUCGACGGUGCCUGAAGAAAGAAGAACCUCCAAAGACGUCCUGGGCCCAAUUGUAUUUUCUCAGUCCUUGGACUCUUCACCAGACUCCGUUCUAAGCGGGCCGAUGACUGAGGGAUUAUUUUCGACACCCAAUACUGGAGAUUCCGUCAACGCGACGACACCUUUUCCGCGGAUAACUUCUUCUCCAAUUCGCUCGAAAAGCCACGAGGGCAAUAAUAGAAGAAGCAAUUCAGCUACGAAUAAAGAACGCGUUGCUGCUAGACGGGCGUUUGGCAGUCCUGUAUCUAUCGAUGACGAGGAUGUCCAUUUUUAA